CCGCCAAAACAAAAAGCAAACCCCAACGAUCCCAUCUGCCGCACGAUUUGUUGAUCACUUUGAAUUUAAUAAUUCAAAUACAACAAUAAUUAUUUUUGUCAGUAAGCAUUAAUACUUGGAAGCUCAAACUCAUUUUUCAAUCCAUCAACCUUGCAAUCUUGUUUCCUUUGUUUUUUAAUAACCAUUCCUUGGACUAUCUUGGUUACCUGUUAAUAUGUCGGAUCCAUUGAGUUCUCCACCACCAGCUACUCCUAGCGAUGCCAUUGAGCGUCGUGAUUUGCGAGCAGCUAUGACCUCUCCCGUUGGUGAUUUUGAACCAUUCGAAAAUGAGGAUGAAAUCCUGGGUGAUCACACAAUUCGGGACGAAGAGGAAGAAGAUGGAGAGGAGCUUUUCGGUGACAAUAUGGAAAAUGACUAUCGUCCAAUGCCCGAGUUGGAUCGCUAUGAUGCAAAUUUACUUGACGAUGAAGAAGAUUACGACGAUUUGUCUCAGGGCGAACGUUUGUCGGCCGAAGCGGAAAUGCGCCGACGUGACAGAGCACAAGGAAUUCAUCGUGAUGAUCGUGACUUAGUCUUCGACGACGAGGAAGAUGAUGAUGCAGGUCCGCGAGCCAAACGUCGUGCUGGUGAAAAAGCAGCCAUUGGUGAGGUUGAAGAAGAUACCGAGAUGGUAGAGUCGAUAGAAAAUCUUGAAGAUACGAAGGGGCAUUCAACUAAGGAGUGGGUUUCUAUGUUGGGACCAAGAACAGAAAUUGCCAAUCGCUUUCAGAGUUUCUUGCGUACUUUUGUCGAUGAACGAGGAGCUUACACCUAUCGCGAUCGUAUUCGCCGAAUGUGCGAACAAAAUAAGUCUUCCUUUGUAGUUUCGUACACUGAUCUGGCCAAUAAGGAGCAUGUACUGGCUUAUUUUUUGCCCGAAGCCCCAUUCCAGAUGUUGGAAAUUUUCGAUAAAGUGGCAAAGGAGAUGGUACUUAGCAUUUUCCCAACCUACGAGCGUGUAACUACAGAGAUUCACGUAAGAAUCUCGGAAUUGCCGUUAAUUGAGGAGCUUCGUACGUUCAGGAAACUUCAUCUCAACCAAUUGGUGCGAACUCUGGGUGUUGUAACAUCAACUACUGGAGUAAUGCCACAGUUGUCGGUCAUUAAGUAUGAUUGUGUCAAGUGUGGCUAUGUCCUGGGACCGUUUGUGCAGUCGCAAAAUUCAGAGGUAAAGCCAGGUUCCUGUCCGGAAUGUCAGAGUAUGGGUCCCUUUUCCAUCAACAUGGAGCAGACACUCUAUCGCAAUUACCAAAAAAUCACGUUGCAAGAGUCACCUGGCCGGAUUCCAGCUGGUCGUAUUCCAAGAAGUAAGGAUGUGAUCCUCUUGGCUGAUCUUUGCGACCUUUGCAAACCCGGCGACGAGCUAGAAGUCACCGGUAUAUACACCAACAAUUAUGACGGUUCACUCAACACCGAUCAAGGAUUUCCAGUAUUCGCUACUGUAAUUAUUGCCAACCAUGUGGUGGUGAAGGAUAGUAAACAGGUUGUGCAGUCGUUGACUGACGAAGACAUUGUCACCAUCCAGAAAUUAAGCAAGGAUCCGAAGAUCGCUGAACGCAUCAUAACCAGUAUCGCUCCAUCUAUCUAUGGACACGACUAUAUCAAGAGAGCCCUUGCAUUGGCUUUGUUUGGAGGAGAGUCGAAGAAUCCUGGAGAUAAGCACAAGGUCCGUGGAGACAUUAAUUUACUUAUUUGUGGAGAUCCAGGAACGGCCAAGUCGCAGUUUUUAAAAUAUGUGGAGAAAAUUGCUCCCAGAGCUGUCUUCACCACUGGUCAAGGUGCCAGUGCUGUGGGAUUGACAGCCUACGUUCGAAGGAAUCCGGUGUCAAAAGAAUGGACUCUUGAAGCUGGAGCAUUAGUGCUAGCUGAUCAGGGUGUUUGUCUCAUUGAUGAAUUCGACAAAAUGAACGAUCAGGAUCGGACUUCGAUUCAUGAAGCUAUGGAACAGCAAUCGAUCUCAAUCUCCAAGGCUGGCAUAGUUACUUCUCUUCAAGCUCGCUGUACAGUUAUUGCUGCGGCAAAUCCGAUUGGUGGGCGUUAUGAUCCCAGCUUGACGUUCUCCGAGAAUGUGAAUCUUUCGGAGCCGAUUCUAUCACGUUUCGAUGUCCUUUGUGUCGUCAAAGAUGAAUUCGAUCCAAUGAAAGACGAGCAUUUGGCUAAGUUUGUCGUCAACUCCCAUAUAAGGCAUCAUCCAUCGAGUGAAGAGAUUCACGAUGAGACUCGGCCCAGUGGCAUAGAUGAGAUUCCACAGGAUGUUCUGCGUCAGUAUAUCGUAUAUUCCAAGGAGAAUGUACGCCCUAAGCUCACUAACAUCGAUGAAGAUAAAAUCGCUAAAAUGUAUUCGCAAUUACGUCAAGAAUCUUUUGCCACAGGCUCUCUACCAAUCACAGUACGACACAUCGAAAGUGUUAUACGAAUGUCUGAGGCGCAUGCUCGAAUGCAUCUGCGUGAGAAUGUUCAAGAGUGCGAUGUGAAUAUGGCAAUUCGAAUGAUGCUUGAGAGUUUCAUCGAGGCACAGAAGUUCAGUGUCAUGAAGAAAAUGCAGAACACAUUCCAAAAGUUCUUGUCAUUCCAAAAAGAUUGUUCCGAACUUUUGUUCUUUAUUCUACGUCAAUUGACAUUGGAUCAAUUGGCUUAUAUACGUUGCAAGGAAGGACCCAAUGCCACUCAUGUCGAAAUAAUGGAACGUGAUUUUGUAGAUCGUGCCAGGCAAUUAAAUGUUGAAAACAUCAAGGAUUUCUAUCAAUCGAAUAUUUUCAAAAACAACGGAUUCUCAUAUGAUCCUAAGAGAAAAAUCAUUUUACAAAUUGUACAAGGAGCUGUUGUUGAUUAAUCUUUUGUCUUGGAACUUCGAUCAUUGAUUGUUUUGUUCAUGGUCUUUUUAAACACAAACAACGACUCUGGAAGUACAAAAGUGGAAGUUAACUGUAUUUAAGCAAUGUAUUUGUUAAGUUUUUUUUAAAUAAGCACUUUUCAUAAUCGUUCAAUUGUUUUUAAUGUUUUAGUCGUAAGUUUGUCUUAUUUGAAAAUAAAGUUGUGCUGGCAAAAAGAUCAGAAUUCAUAAAAAUUGAA